GGUCAGUGGUGAACAAAAUUUCAGCACUCUGUUUUUCACUUUUAUGAGUUCUAAUCGAAGGAAAGAAAAAGAAUAUGAAAACUCAAUGAAAUCUUAAUGCCUGUUUCUUGCUUAUGUUACAAGUUUUUGAGCCUUUCAAGAUUUUGUUAAAAGGAUAUAGAUAAGAGUGGCACGAAGUCAUAGUACCCACAUGCAGAUUCUGGGUCAGUUUAUUUUGUUGGUGAUUGUGUGCUCAGUUCUUGAGUUGCACAGGAUUUUACAGGUUUUCUUGGGGGCUUUCAUGAUGGACUGUGCUUCAUGCUUGAAGUUUUUGACUCAAGGAAAUGAAUUUUUUGGAUGUGGGUUUUUUGUGUUUGGUCGCUUCUCACAUGUUUUCAAUGUCUUGGGGCUGUUUUUGGUGUUUGGUUUGGGGUUAAAAUUUUUGCAAUUUGGUUUGACUAAUAUAGGUAUAAUGCAAUUCUUAUGUGAUGUUAGAGAGAAAUCAAAUUAUUUGAGAGGUAGGAUUUGUUUAAAACACGACCUGGAUGAAGUUUAUGAUCCAAAGAUUAGGUCUUGUCUCUCUGGUUCAUUAAAACCAUUAGAAAAUUGCAAAGAUUUUGUCAAGGAAGAUACUGAUGGUAAAGCAAAAUAUGUUGUAGAAGAGGAUAGUGAUGAUAAAGAGAAAGAAUGUUGUCCUGAAGAUGAAGAAUUUGAUGUAAUGGCUUUGAGGAAAUUGGUUAAACUUGAAAGGAGAAGAGCAAAGGCUGCUUGUCAAGAGCUUGAAAAGGAGAGAAUAGCAGCUGCUUCAGCGGCUGAUGAGGCAAUGGCCAUGAUUUUGCGCCUUCAAAAUGAGAAGAGUUCAAUGGAAAUCGAUGCUAAUCAGUACAAGCGAAUGGCAGGGCAGAAGCAGGAAUAUGAUCAACAAGUUAUUGAAUCAUUGCAAUGGAUUGUAAUGAAACAUGAGUCAGAGAGGAGUUUACUGGAAAAUCAAUUGCAGUUGUGCAAGCAGCAGUUGAAGCAUUAUGUGAAAGAUGAUGAAUUAGGUCAAUUUGAAGUUGAUGUAGGCUUCAGCUUUUUGCAUGCUACCCAGGAAGAUGGCAUGGAGAAUGAGUCAGUUAGCUCUCAUGAAACUGAAACUUUGGUAUUGUAAGAUGUUGAUUGUAUUUUACUUUAGGUUGAGUUGACUGGAAUUAGGUGCUCAUCUUUUAAAGUUUGGAAAUUGAUUAUUAAACAAUACAGUGCAGCUAAUAUCUGCUCUUUCAUUUC